UAAUUGGGGGGAGAAAUUACAACUGUUGUUUCCAUGAGUAACAUUGUGGAGCGAGAUGGAGACUCAUCAAGACAUGAUUGAGAGGCAAGAGCAGCUCUUGUGUAGGUAGUUAUAAUUAAGAAGAGGAGCAUGUGACUCAUCUUUCCCUUUUGCAAUUCACAUCAAAAGAAAGCAAAGUUUUAUUAAGGGCCUACCCCCAUAUUGCUUUCUUGACAGUGCAAAUCCCCAUUACAAAAAGCAAAGGAAGAUAGAAAGCAAGAGAAGCAACGCAGAAAAGAGAAAAGAAAAGCUCAUUUGCAAAUAAAUCAAUACGAGAAGAUAUGGAGGACGUGAAGGUGAUGAUGAUCGGUAGCGUAGAAAAUUCCACCAAUGAAUCCAUUCCUGAAUACCCCAUCACCACCACCACUUGCCCAACCUGGAAAUUGUACGAGAAUCCUUUUUAUAAUUCUCACCAUCAUCAUCAGCAUCGACACCACAAGCAUUAUCAAAGUAAAAAGCAUUUUCAUCCUCCCUCUGCUCGUAAGAUCGCUGCCUCCUUCUGGGAUCUGACCUUUUUCAGGCCUAUCAUGGAGACUGAACUGGACAUCGCUCGCGCCCAGAUCAUUGAAUUGAAGGCUGAGCUCGAACAUGAAAGAAAGGCACGAAAGAAAGGGGAGACUAUGAACAAAAUAUUGGCUAAAGAACUGGCUGAGGAGAGAAGGGGAAGAGAGGCUCUUGGGAGAGUAUGUGAACAACUUGCUAGAGAAAUUUCAUCGGAUAAAGCAGAGAUUGAUCGCAUAAAAAAGGAAAUUGAGGAGGAAAGAAAGAUGCUAAGAGUGGCUGAGGUGUUAAGAGAAGAAAGGGUUCAAAUGAAGCUGGCGGAGGCAAAGGUUCUCUUUGAAGAAAAGCUCUUAGAAUUGGAGGGAAGUAAAACAUCAGAACCUGAUGAGAAUCCAACAUUGAAGAAGGAACAAGAAGAUGAGGCAACUGCUAUUAAUUUACCUAGAAAGUUUAGCAGACUGAUGGUGGGGGAGAAGUCCUGUUACUAUAACUGUGGAGCAGAUUUAACAAGGGCAGUUCUCAGUGAAAAAUCAUCAUGUAAUGAUAAUGUUAGCAGUGUUUCAUCCGUGACAGUUGAGAAUCCACAUAUAAAGAGAGGGAUAAAAGGGUUCGUGGAAUUCCCUCGAGUGGUUCGAGCAAUCGGAUCCAAAAGUAGGCAUUGGGGAACAAAGCUGGAGUGUCAAAAAGCUCAGCUAAGGAUUCUGUUGAGAACAAAGAACGCCAUCCGAUCCAAUAAUCUUAUUAUCAGUUAAAAGAGAGAAUAUUUCUUCUUGGCUUGUGUUUCUGUGUUUGAUUCUUUUAAUUUUGCUUCUAUUGAAGAUGUAUUAAUCAAGAUGUUGAUUUGCGUAGUUACAAGGGGUUAGUAGCCAAGUACAUACCUCUUCUUUUUUGUUGUAAGGACAGAGUAAGCACGUUUUGGGUUUGCAAAUGGCAAUAAAAAUUAAUGUACAUUGAUGUGUUUGGUUGAA